UUUUGCUGUGUCAAAAUUGUCAAAAAUGCCCUGAAGAAGCCAGCUGUAGGGGAUUGUUUUUUCAAUAAAUUUUAAAAACUAACAUGAUGAAUGAAGACCUGAAGCUAAUGUUAAUUGAUGAUAUUAACAUAAAAAUAGGUGGUGAUAUUAAUGAUUUGAGCGAAGCAUUAUCGCUUGAACGGGAUUUGUUAGAAAGGAGAACAGCUUUGCAGAGCAGUUUAAGAUUGGUUAACAAUGAGGUGCCGAACAAGAUAUCUCUCGCUGUUGCGAAAGCUGAGUCGAAUUCCACACAGAUAGCAAAUCUUAAGAAUAGAAGUGAAACUCUCAAAUUAAAAGUAAAAGACUUUCUUCAACGAACAGAACCUUUGCGCACAGAACUGGACAAAAGGUUCACCGCGAUAAACCGAUUAGAACAUGUACUGGUUUAUCUGAAAUCAUUUGUGAAAAUAGAUGACAUCAGCCGUCAAAUGAAACAAUGCAAUGACGAUGAGCAGCUAGUGCUCUGGUAUGCAGAGCUCAAAGAAAUGUGUAUUCUAUAUCAAAGCGGUCACCGCGCUGCCUAUGUCAAAGAAUACACGCAUUACUGGCACAAUAUUCUCAAAGAUAAAAUGACAAAGAGCUAUGAAGACACUCUAAAGCUGAUCAAGUGGCCCUUAGCAGCUGGUGCUCAAAACUCACCCCCACCGAAAGAGAUAUUAAUUAGAUUCAAUAAUCUUACACGCUAUUUGUUCCUCAUCGAAGAACCUGAGAGUGUUUCCGUAGCUAGUGUAUCUGGAGAAUUUGGACAAGAGCAAGACCCUUGUCUCCCAGUGAGAAUCCUAUUACGUCCUUUUAAGAAAAGGUUUGCUUUCCACUUCACUGGGAGUCGACAGACUGCUCGAAUCGACCGCCCCGAGUGGUUCCUGACCCAAACCCUCAACUGGAUAAAACAUCAUCAGAACUUUGUGCGGAACAACGUCCAGCCUGUUGCUGAUAAACUUGAGUUGAAGAAGAUAAAGACUGUGGACGAAUUCAACGACGGUCUUAUAGCUUUAGCCGCUGAGCGCCUCCACACCGUACUUGGCUUGUACCACGCUCAGAACGCUAAAGGAGAUUUACUCGAUGCCGACGCGGCUUUCGCCCAUGCUGUAGACGAAACCCUCGGAUUCCAUAGAGAGCUGAUGCUUAUUACGGAAAAUGAGACCAAUAAUGUGUUGGCAGUGCUGACUAAAGCAGAGAUCUUUGUGAAAUGGCUGGCUGUGGAGAAGAAAUACGCGCUAGCAAAAAUGGACGAGACACUAAGCAGCGAGCAAUGGAGCGAGGCGGUGGCGGCGGGCAUCGGGUCCGCCGUCGGGGCCAUGGUUUGGGUCCCGCGGGGCGCCGACUGGUUCAUAGCGCUGCUGAAGACUAUCGAGGACCGAUACGUUGUAUUGCCUCAGCCGGGACACCGAUUACAAUUCCUCGAACUUCAAUUGGAACUGGUGGAAGAGUGGCGCGUGCGUCUGACGCAGCUGUUAAACGCUGCGGUCUCUUCACUGCGCCCUGAGACUUUCUUGACAGCUGAUUCGUCGCCGCAUUCGUUGACAGCUGUCAUCAAUGCCACGCAUCACACCAGAACUACACUGAUUCAGUGGGCGCAUUCCUUGCAUUACCUCCAACUGCAUUACUACCGGCGGCAGUUCAACCACUUCACACAGCUGCAACACCUGGAUAACGAGGCUCAAGAACAAGCACAGAACUCGAGCGCUGAAGAGGAGAGCGAGGCGUCCAACAUUACAGGUAAUUUAGACUCCACUGCAGGAAGGCGACCCUCUAAUGUACCAGAAGACAAAGUUGACCUUGACGAUCUAGCUAAAAAGAGGCCUACGUUGAAGGAAGUCGAACUUCAUGCCAAGAAGCUAGCAAUGAAAUUUGUAGAGAAAUCAUACUCACUGAUGAGUGACUUGCCGCCAGUUGAAAUACAAAUCCCCGAUUUCACCGGCCGUUCGUCAUCUCCCAUAGCAAGCAUGGUGAUAACCACGACAAUGCCAGAGAAUCCGGACGCUGAGGAUGCCGGCGUUUUCGGCGAAGCCCCGAGCUUGCUAGCUCGGCUUCGAGACAGCGGUCUGGCGGACUUGUCUGAACAUAUACUGCUGGAGUUCAAAGCCGGGUUGAGGGAUUACAAGAAGUUGGCCUGGCACGCGUGUCUAGUAGUAGAAGAGAUGGCUUUAAGCGUAUCUGCGCCGCUAUGCCGACCGCUGGCAGCGCUAUGCGCACGGUUGGCGGCAGCCUCGGCACGCUUAGCACCCGCGUUAGCCGCCCGAUUACGCGCGCGGCUGGCUAAUGACGUCGAUCAGUACAUAUUCGAGGAGGUGGUACUAGAAAGGUGGUUCAAUACUGGAGGCACGCUGCAGUUUACUCACGACGUGAAGAGGAAUCUCGUGCCUGCGUUUGCGCCGCCUAACAAAAGCGCGUCGCACUGCAACCACUUGCCAAAACUCCUCGACGCGUGCAAACUCCUCAACAUGGAUUAUGACGAUGCGCGUCGCCUCAAAAACAACUUGUCCAAACAUACUCAAAUCGGAGCCGAGAGUUUGAACAACCAAGGCAUACACAAUAUACAGCUUAACGAAGCGAAACAGAUUCUCAGCCAAAGGACUGAUCUAUGUGACCCGACGGCGCCGAGCGUGGUCAUGGAAAUGUUCUGAAGUUUCGAAGGGGGCGGCUUCUAAAUUCGGUCUCUAAGCAAAGUUAAGGAGCGCUGUGUUCAGGUGAGCGUAGAUAGAAUGUUGGAAUAGUGAAUGUAGUUAGACGACUUUUGAGUAACGGUGACAUUUUUAAAACAAAUGCUGCCACAUGUGCCUUCACUUUGCAGCAGAAAUGAUUUACUUUUUUGUUAUCUGUAACAAAAUAGCGACAAAUCUAAAUCAAUGAUCAAAAUAUUCAUGAGCGAAUAUUUCGCAUAUUAUAUGAAUGGAAAUAAACAUUUUUCUGGGUUUAAAAAUGUGCGUUUUAUACAUUCCAUGAAAGUUGUCUGCUAUAUUAAAAUUGAAAUGACUGAAUUGAAUCGGUGCUCCAAGGACUUGUCUAUGGUAAGGAUUGCCUUAUCUAUGGCCACCUUAUUGUGACUUAGAAGACCCAAUUUGGAUAAGAC